UAGCAAGCUUCGCCUCCACUCUUGCAUCUGAAAGCAGGAGAGAAGCAAGGACUUCCUGUGUGAUCUCGUUCAGCUGACUACAACCUAGCUUCCUCUCCGGGAGCUUUCUGCUUCUGCAGACCGGGGACGAGGAAGGUUUGUGAGGGUUGCUGCAAAACUCCGAGAGCCGCCCGGGACCUCCGUCCACCAGAAGUAAUAGAAGCAACCAUAAAUGUGGAUCGUUCACUGCAGCGGUUCAAGCUUUUCCUGUUUCCCUGCCUCCCAGCGACGGCGCGCGCCUACCUCGGCUCAGCAGCCCUGCCGCAGAUAGCCUCGGUGGAGCGGGGCUGAUGGCCGUGGAGCUCCUACCGGCCUUCACCAUCACCACAGUCACCCGUUUGAGCGACCGGGGGACAAUUACGGUCUAGAACUUCGCCUUUCAGUCGGCUGCAGUGCCACAGGAAGCUCGAGGGGGAAGUAGCGGCGGAACGAGGCGCAGCAUCGCACCGUGCAUGGUGCUGCGGUUUGGGGGCGAGUGGAUGCGCAGACGGAGCUGACCCAGAGAUGGCUGUUCUAAAACUGGCCGACCAGCCUCCUCUUAUCCAGGCGAUCUUCAGCGGAGACCCUGAAGAGAUCCGAAUGCUAAUAUACAAAUCUGAAGACAUCAAUGCCCUGGAUCCAGAGAAACGCACCCCGCUGCAUGCAGCAGCAUUCCUGGGAGAUGCAGAGAUCAUCGAGCUCCUCAUCCUCUCUGGGGCCAGAGUCAAUGCCAAAGAUAACAUGUGGCUUACCCCUCUGCAUCGCGCCGUGGCAUCCCGCAGUGAGGAUGCCGUGCGGGUUCUGAUCCGACACUCUGCAGAUGUGAACGCGCGGGACAAGAACUGGCAGACGCCGCUGCAUGUCGCCGCCGCCAACAACGCUCUGAGGUGCGCCGAGGUCAUCAUCCCACUUCUGAGCAGCGUGAACGUUUCGGACCGCGGCGGGCGGACCGCGCUGCACCAUGCCGCCCUCAACGGCCACACAGAGAUGGUGAACCUUCUGCUUGCUAAAGGAGCGAACAUCAACGCCUUCGACAAGAAGGAUGGCCGAGCGCUGCAUUGGGCUGCUUUCAUGGGCCAUUUGGAAGUAGUGCGUCAGCUGGAGACCCAAGGUGCAGAGAUCAGCUGUAAGGACAAGCGGGGGUACACGCCUCUUCAUGCUGCAGCGUCCAGCGGACAGCUGGCCGUGGUCAAACACCUGCUCAACCUGACUGUUGAGAUUGAUGAGGCCAACGCCUUCGGCAACACAGCGCUCCACAUCGCCUGUUUCAACGGCCAGGAUGCUGUCGUCAGUGAGCUGAUCGACUACGGCGCCAACGUCAGCCAGCCCAACAACAAAGGCUUCACCCCGCUGCACUUCGCUGCUGCCUCCACACAUGGAGCACUCUGUCUGGAGUUCCUUGUCAACAAUGGGGCUGAUGUUAACGUGCAGAGCCGAGACGGGAAGAGUCCUCUUCACAUGACAGCGGUUCAUGGUCGUUUCACCCGCUCACAGACCCUCAUCCAGAACGGUGGAGAGAUCGACAGCGUGGAUAAGGAUGGCAACACCCCGCUUCACGUUGCUGCCCGCUACGGCCACGAACUCCUCAUAAACACGCUCAUCACUAGUGGAGCAGACUGCACAAGACGAGGAGUCCAUGGGAUGUUUCCUCUCCACCUAGCGGCCUUGAACGCUCACUCUGACUGCUGCAGGAAGCUCCUGUCUUCAGGUCGGAGGUUUAGCAUAAUGUGUAACGACUCGGUCCUGUCCGCAGGCUUCCAGAUAGACACCCCGGACAGCCUCGGAAGAACGUGCCUACAUGCAGCCGCUGCUGGAGGUAAUGUGGACUGUGUCAAACUGCUGCUGAGCAGUGGGGGGGAACACAACCGCAGAGACAAAUGUGGCAGGACUCCGCUUCAUUAUGCGGCAGCCAGCCGUCACUUUCAGUGUCUGGAGACUCUGGUCGCUUCUGGCAUUGAUAUUAAUGCGACCGACCAGUGGGGGCGCUCUGCCCUGCACUAUGCUGCUGCCUCAGACCUGGACAGAAGGCGGCGUGUUGCCCUGGAGCCAGAGAGCGAGGGAGUGCAAGCGGAGAGGGAGAAGGAGGCUGCACUAUGUUUGGAGUUCCUGCUGCAGAGUGGAGCGAUGGCCUCAGUCAAAGACAAACAGGGCUACAGUCCUGUCCAUUACGCUGCCGCCUUUGGACACAGGCACUGUCUGGAACUGCUGCUGAACAGAGAUGAUGGACCUCAAGAAGAUCCUGAGUCUCCUCAUGCCAGGAGCCCUCUGCACCUCGCUGCGUACCACGGUCAUGCACAGGCUCUGGAGGUCCUGCUGCAGGGGGAGAGGGACGUGGACCAGGCAGACGAGGCAGGACGGACCCCUCUGGCCCUGGCCGCCCUACGGGGCCACACCGACUGCGUUCACACGCUCCUCAGCCAGGGGGCGUCGCCACACUCUAGUGACCAGCAGUACGGUCGUUCACCUGUUCACCUGGCAGUGAUGAACGGCCAUACAACAUGUGUGCGCCUCCUGCUGGAUGAAUCAGAUGGUGCGGAGCUUAUUGAUGCCGCUGACUCUCAGGGACAGACUCCUCUGAUGCUGGCGGUGGCUGGAGGUCAUGUCGACGCCGUGUCGCUACUGCUGGAGCGGGAAGCCAACGUCAACGUGGCUGACAGCCACGGCCUCACAGCCCUCCACCUCGGGCUGCUGUGUGGUCAGGAGGAGUGCAUCCAGUGUUUGCUGGAGCAAGAGGCCUCAGUGUUGCUAGGAGACUCUCGAGGUCGCACCGCCAUCCACCUGGCCGCCGCGCGAGGCCACGCCUCCUGGCUGAGCGAGCUUCUGAGCAUCGCCUGCUCAGAGUCGCCCUCUCUGCCUCCACUAAGAGACCAUGCCGGGUACACACCUCUGCACUGGGCCUGCUACUACGGCCAUGAAGGGUGUGUGGAGGUUCUGCUGGAGCAGAAAGGCUGCCGGUGCAUCGAUGGCAAUCCGUUCACUCCUCUACACUGCGCAGUGUUGAACGAUCAUGAGCCGUGCGCGUCGCUGCUGCUGGAGGCCAUGGGGUCAGACAUCGCUAGCUGCAGUGAUGCUAAGGGCAGGACUCCUCUCCACGCUGCAGCGUUCAGCGCCCACGUAGACUGCAUCCAGCUGCUCCUUUCCCAUGAUGCACCUGUGGACACUGCAGACCAGUCAGGCCGCACUGCACUCAUGAUGGCAGCUGAGAAGGGCCGGGCUGAAGCUCUCGACUUGCUGUUGACCAGUGCUAACGCCAACCUCAGUCUAACAGACAAAGAUGGCAACACUGCGCUUCAUCUGGCUUGCAGAAAUGGGAAAGAAGACUGUGUGUUGUUGAUCAUGGAGAAGAUGUCUGACUCUUCACUCAUAAAUGCCACAAAUGCAGCACUGCAAACUCCGCUCCACCUGGCUGCCCGCAGCGGCCUGAAGAAGGCGGUCCAGGAUCUGCUGUCCAGAGGAGCCAAUGUCCAGACGGCCGAUGAGAAUGGUCUGACCCCUGCUCUGGCUUGUGCUCCUAGCAGAGAGGUGGCUGACUGUCUGGCUCUCAUUCUGGCUACCAUGAUGCCUUUCUGCUCCCCUUGCAGCUCUGGAGCUCCCUCCCCAGGCUCCCUGCUGAGGCAGCUGCCCCACCAGGGGGGUAAAGGCGUGGCCGCCGGCCCUCGGGGACCCCGCAGCCCCAGGAACCCCUCGGGACCUUCCAGCGAGGGAACUACUGAGAACGACUCAGAGGACUCUGAAACGUUUUGAUGAUUCUUACCUCAAGCUGGUCACCCGGACUCCUCAGCAGAACGGCGCUCCUGCCAAGCAGAGUGGGACGUUGGUCAGCAUGGAGCUCCAAGGGAUUCAGUGUUACGGAAACAAGCAACUUUACAAUCAUCAUUUACAGAUAUUACAAAAUAUAUAUAUAAAAUAAUAAUCUCAGAAAAUAAUUUCUAAUUUAUUCUUUAAAUAAUUUAUAAUAAUUUCAUUGGCUUUUCUUUUUCUUUUUCUAAUGAAUCAUACUUGUCUGAAUCUAUUACAGACUAACAUUUAUUUUAAAUCUUUUCUCCUAACAUCCAGGUCUUGUUUAGCUGUUCUUGGGAUUUUGUGAGAAACAUGAUCAACUUUUCACGCCUCAUGAAAAAGUUAAAUCAAAAUUGAACCGUCUUGACUUUCAAGUUUUAGAUUAUUGAAAAAAAAAUUAUCGCUUAAAAAAAAAAAAGAGAAAUGUAUAAAUCUGUUUGAAAUAGAAUGUCGAUUGGUCAUUGCACCAUUAUCUGUGUUUCCGCUGUAGGAGCUGCUUUCAGGUUCCUGGGGCUGUUCUGUGGCCAAUCUCUGGGUUUUACAUUGUCAAUAUUCAAACACAUUCACUAACAUCAGUCGAAUAUGAGAAGAAAAGAAGCUUGGUCUUCUCCUGUCAGGGCUUUAUACUAUUGUUUUGUGUUUUGAAAUCCAAGCGAAAACAAUUGUAACACCCUACAGUUCAUUUAAUUGUCAAAUUUUAGGGCUAAAAGCCGAAAGCAAGCUUUAAUUAUUACAAUUUUGUGAAUAUUACAAAUUUCCCUCGAAUCGGAGCGACUUUAGUUCUGUUUCACUAGCAACUAAAGCAAUCAGCUGCUAAGGUUCAGGUUGGAGAUCUUUCUACUCGUCUGCACAGGAAGACUUUAGUUCUUGUUACAACUUUACAUACUUUUUAAGUGUAAUUACUUCACAGUUAAAAUUUUCUUCCUGAAAAUAAAAACUUUUUAGUUUCAUCCACCUGGUGGCUAAACGGAAUGCCAGAAUUGGAACAAUUCAUUUAAAAUUUCUCUACAGUUUUACAGUUCUACACUGACUUUACUCAGCUUUGAAACUGUAAGUGCUAUGAAAAAAUCUGAAAUCAAUGAAAUCAUUCAGCUUUUUUUUCUUGGUUUGAUUCUGGGCAAUAAAUGAAUAACAUACCGUGAUAAACACUUGAUCAAUAUCCUAUACAUCCAGUAGAAUUUUCAAGCCUUUCAUUGAGCUCCGGCUGAGAAGUGAGCAGCAUUCUGGGGAAUGUAGGCAGAGGAAAGGCUUUAGCUGGCCAGCGAAGCACAGUUGAUGACAUCAACAAACACACUUACUCUUUGGUUACCAAGCAAAAACCUAUGAAAUAACUUGCGCACCAGCAGUUUCAUGUUUCACCCCUUUGUCUCACUGCUUAAAUAUAAAAAUUAACAGCUUGCAUUGCAAAGAGAAAAAGCUGGAGAGGAAAUUGUGAAUGGCACCAGUUUGGCAAUAUUUCACCUAUUUAAGACCCCCCAAAAAAUCAUUAAUUAUUGAUUAAUAUGAAACCCUUAUAUUGUGUCACAUCUUUCAGUCCGACAGUGGAAACACAAACGGCUAACGGAUGCAGUUUGGGAGCCGAUAGCUGAAACGCAUGUCAGUUUAAAAGCAAUAAGACGACUUGCUUAACUUUCCUGAACAUUCAGACUUGAUUGAAAUGAAUAUUAAGAAGUAGUAUUUUUUUUAGUAUUGGUUUUUUGUUAAACAGAUGAUGUAGUCCAGCUGUUACACAGUGAACCCUUGGGGCUCCACAUCUUCACAUUGCGCCUGCGGACGGUUCCUCUCCUCUGACUCGGAGCAGGACGUCCGGCGGCUCUUCUUUGUUUCUUCCCUGGACCGGCGCCUGCGGCCGGCCGGCUCGCUCAGUCCGCCAACAAGGAGAGCUCCAUCAGGAACGGCUUCAGUGCCGGUCUGCACGCUUACACCGACUGACGCCGCAGUUGGUUCUUACGCUCUCGGGUGCUUCAGUGUAAACUAACCUCGGUACUUAGCAUCUGCAUGGCAAAGCCAUGCUUCUCUAAGACAAGGUUUCUUUCUUCUUUUUUUUAAGCCAUUUUAAUUGUUUGUACACAAUUAAGAUUAUUAAGAAAUUCCAGUGUAGUUUUGAGUUUUUUAAAACUUGUACCAAAUAUUUGACUUCCAUGCAUAGAUAAUUCCCAUGUACUGAAGGGUUACAUGAGCAGGUACUUGUUGAAAUGUUUUACCAGCUUAAAAGCACAAGUGUGGAGUUGGCUGUGUGGUUUGAUGAAAUGUGUCCAGAAUGUGAAUAGUACAGCCUCAAUGAGAGGCUUGGUAGUUUAAUGUUCACCAGGAGAAAGAGAGAGAACGGGUACAUCUCAGUUCCACCAACAGAAAAAGUCACGCACAUCAUUGGAUUCAACCCAAAAUGAAAGUUUUUACAAGGUCUGACAUAAAUGUGUUACCAACUCUCAGUCUUUUGGAGUGAGACUGGAGGUUUUCCUGUUUCUCAUGCUGCCCAGUCUGAUCUCUCUCUAAAUAAGUAAGUGCCUGUGUCCCUGCUCUGGUGAAGACUUUGAUUUUCUAGUUGAUUUUAGUUGAAUUCUUUGGCAGCUAACAAAAAUGCUACUCUGUGUUACAGUAAGCAACGUACGAGCUUCUUUGUUUGCCCGAAUAAAAUCCCAUCACUCACCGCUUUUGCUAAAAUAUGUUUUCCUGAACAGAGAACGGUUUCCGUGACACAGAACCAGCUAAUGGCAGCCAAUGGCAGCCAUUUUGUGAACACUGAUAACUGCUUCAAACAAAACUCUUUGAAACAGUCUUAUUGACACUGUCAUCUGUUAGCCUACUUAGCAUUAGCAACUAGAUUUGGCCCAGCCACAAGAUGCCAGCCAUUUUGUUACACCAGCUAAUGCUAGCCAUAUUGCAAAAAUUGCGAAUAUUAUCGCUGUUUUAAACAAAACACAUAAACUGCUCUUAGCUUGCAUAAUAUUAUCAACUUGAUUUGCCUCGACGAGAAGAUGGGAGCCAUUUUAUUAAACAAUCUAAUAUAUUAAUGUGAAACCCUGUCAUGCCAACCAACUUUUUAAGGCCAUUUUCUUUACCUAUAGUCUACUGCAAGGAAAUGCAAUUCAUUUAAUAUUAAUAUGAGCUAACAGAAGAGCAUCUAGUUGUUAAAUCUGGUUUUACAAUCCGUCGUAUUUCAGCAGAGUCAUCUGGUCAAAACCGAAGUAAAUGAGAAUAGGGUGUAAUGUUGAGAUUUGAAAAAAUAUCCAACAGCAAUAAGAAUAUUUGGGAUUUGUUAAGAUGUUGUCAUCUUAAAAAAAUCAUUCAAAAUACUUUCCUUAGAAAAAUACUUUCCACAGAAUUACGGGUAUAAUAACGAUUCAGGAUGAAGGUACUAGACUUCCAAAAUAGCAUAGUGACAUUUCUUAGCAGAUCUUAGUGUGUAAAGUCCUAAGAGUUCUUAUAUGGGAAACUCUUGUGUUUUCUAGCAGGAAAUUCUUUAUUCUGGUAGAAAACAGAAUGUGAUCCAAGUGAAUCGCCUAAAAUGUCUUCACCAGCAGAUCUGUUGAGACAGGAGAAAGACGCGGUUGCUACCUGACUUUAAUGUCUUCAAACUUUCAAUGUUCUCCUUAAAGGUGAAAAGAAAUUGACACCUGGGGAAAAAACAGCAGACAAACAAAAUAACAAUGAUUAGCGUAGAACACCAGCUAAAUGUCGGUAUGGGCAUUUUAUUGGUUCAGAUGCUGUGUGAACUGAUUCGUUGAGGGAUGUACCCGUCGAUGGAACGCAGUAUUUGUGCAGAUGUGGACGAAUUAUGAGAUGAUCAUGUACAUUAAUGCGUUUUGUUCCGCAGCCUCCUGCACUUUGACCUCUCCAUGUGAACCACCCGGUUGUGCGCGUUUGCACACUUUACAAUUCAGAGUUGCACGGUUUCCAGAUUCCCAGAAAAAGACCAAAAGUCUCCUGUGGUAAAAAUGUCUUCUUAGCUCAGUUCUUGGUGCGAUUUAUUAACUUCAUCAUGAUGGUACAAAUACUGCCAGCACUUAAAUGUAAUGUUACACAGGGCCUUGACCACUCCGCCCUCCUCCUCCUCCCCUUUUUCUUGUCCCCCCAUUUGUCUGCAUACCAGCAACGUGCCAUCGUCUCCAACGUGUCCAGUGCCUUGAUGUUGAUUCACGUGGUUUGUUUUAUAAUAUUUUCUAUUUGUAAAUUCCGGAAAUUAUUGUUAUUAUUAUUUUUAAAGGAUAGGUUCACCAAAAACUCCAAAUAACUUGUAUGUUCAUAAAAUUCACUUGAAUACUUGAAGAUUCUCUCGCCAUGGGUUCACUGCUUUGGCUUUUUGUUGGUACUUCUCCAUAAAACGAAGCCACACAUUGGAAAACUUUACGAUUUUAAAAAUAAUCUGCCUGUUUGGAUCCGUAAAGAGGAUAUUUGAAAUGCCUUGAGAAGAGAUCGAGUUGCCAUGAGAAAAUCAAGUUAUGCUAAUGUGUGAACUUAUCCUUUAAUAUGUGGAGAGACAGAUUUUGCUUUGAACGAGAAAGUGUUUUUUUUUGUUGUUGUUUUUUUUCCCCACCUUCCUGUCUGGAGAUUUUCCUUUGUUUAAAUUUACUGCCAACAUUUCUGAUGAGAUCAAAUGAAUCGGACAUGUUGACCUGUCCUCUCUGCUGUUAUCAAAACCCACAUACCUGUACUUAUAGGUCAUAAUAAACAAAGGAGAUCUCCAGGUUUUUCUUUAAAGUUGUGUGUGUGUGUGCGUGUGUGUGUAUGUUGGCUUUAGGUACUGAUAUGAAAACGACUAGUCACAGCUUUGUACGAAACACUUCCUGUAACAGAUGGUUGAAGUUUGGGUUCAAACAAUUAUGAACUGAUAAGCACAGAUGGUGAACAAGCACAGUGAGUUUCUGCCUGAGAUAGAGUCUGACCACCAGUAUUAUUAUUCUUAUUACUAUUAUUAUUAUUAUGAUGAUGACUGGACAAGAAGAAAAAGCUUAGGCAGGCCUGACACUCUCCAUUGUCGUGUGUCUGAUGAUUUUCAUGCCAGUUCCUGAUGCAGUAUGACAUGCUGAGGGCUGUUUGUCAGCAACCUUUCUUUUAUAGAAGCUGUACAAAUAAAACUAAAACCUGUUUGAA